AUGGUUGUGUUUGUUGACCUGGAUCACGAUGCGUUUAACAAACGUAGCUUUCAAAGGGGUCCUGACCCUCUCUUUCACCCUUAUGUAGAGCCUGGAAAGCCUACGGUAUCAAAGCUGGUGGGAGCUAGCUCUGAUCCUGUCUCGCGCCCUGCGGAUGAGGAGACCGACGAUGAUCCCUCUGCCAAUCCGGCUCGUGACUCUCGUCAAUCUCAAUCAGUACCAGAGAAGCAAACUCCGAAUCGGAAUUCUUUCUCUGCUGCAUUGAGUUGCUACCCAGUCAUCAAAGAAAUCGCUCGAUUGGUGGACUUGAACACGCUGGACUCGUUGUCGCAGACAUGCCGCCAAUUCCACGCCAAUUUGCUUCCGUAUCGUCAGCAGCUAGUCAAACAAACCCUUCGCUGCGAGAAUGAAUACGUUGAGACGUUGAUGGACUUGUUGAAGAGCGGUACCGUCAUACCUGAUAGUGUCAAAUCCGUGAUCCGGCUCCUAAGUCAGGGAGCUAUGAGCUCUGGGCGCCUCACCACCGGCAAAAUUUCUAAAUGUGCUCGGGAUAUGGUCGCAGAAUGCCGGAGAUGCUCCACGGUUAACUGCACGGCCAAGCCUGCAACAACUAGUAUGCUCAAAAACCGGAUUCGUCGUCUUUGCACUACUUGCCGCACGGCGCCAUUGACCGACCAUCUCAUCUCCCCCUCCUCCCGCCGUCACAAUCCCCGGGCAUCGCCGUCGAUAGACGAAUCUAGCUUUACAGCACCGGCGUUUUUACGGACACCGUGCACGUGUGCAGAUGCUUUUUGGAUUUGUCACCACUGUGGUAUGCGACUACGUAGUAGUGACACCACAUAUCGCCGAGUCUGGAACUGGCGCACCCGUUACAGUACGCAUCUAGGUGGACUGGGGACGGGAAUCGGGGAGGGCUGUCAGGGAGUAAAAUGCGGCCGCGGAGAGGAUUGUUUGGCCGCCCAAGAGAUCGAAAUGGAAGUGGAAUGUGAAGCGGACGAGUCCUCGGGUAGUCCCCAUGGCCAUUCCCCUCGUCUUGGGGAUGGACCCUGGGAUUCGCACAAUCAUUCCAAUGACCGGUGGGAGAGUCGCGAAGAAGAGGAACCUGGUUAUUCCAGGCAGGAAAUCAUUGGAAUAGGUGGCGUGGUGAAGCAAAAGGCCAAGAAACGGGUUACCGUGGGCUCCUGCGUGGUUGAACACGAAGACGAGCGAGAAACCGGGCAAUAUUUGGUUCGGGAAGAGGAGGGACAAGAUCGUAGUUGGUGUGGAUGGUGCUGGAGAGUGAUUCCAUCCAAGAGCGAGUUGUGA